CGCAGAGGACAGGGGUAAGGGUAACAACCGAAAACGGCAAUCGGGAAGCUUCUCUGCUCCAUUUUUUCCGACUUCUGAGGUUGCGGUUUCAUCAAUCUCAGCCCAGAAGGAUUCUAUUCAGAGCUCAGAUUUUGAGAUCGGCUUCCUAUUCGCUUCAUCAGACGAGAUCUAAUCCAAAAAGAUGAAUAUCUUUCGAUUAGCGGGUGAUAUGACUCACCUGGCUAGCGUUCUCGUCUUGCUCCUCAAGAUCCACACCAUCAAAUCUUGUGCCGGCGUUUCUUUAAAGACUCAAGAGCUUUAUGCAAUUGUUUUUACAACCCGCUACUUGGAUAUCUUUACCGACUUCAUAUCUCUAUAUAAUACGGUCAUGAAGUUAAUAUUCUUGGGGAGUUCAUAUUCAAUUGUUUGGUAUAUUAGACGUCACAAGAUCGUUCGCCGGUCGUAUGACAAGAGCCAAGAUACUUUCCGUCAUGUUUUCCUAAUCUUACCUUGCGUUGUCUUGGCUCUACUUAUCAAUGAAAAGCUUACUUUCAAGGAGGUCAUGUGGACAUUUUCUUUGUACCUGGAAGCUGUUGCGAUCCUCCCUCAGCUCGUACUUCUACAACGAACAAAGAAUAUUGACAAUUUGACUGGCCAAUAUGUGUUUCUUCUUGGUGCAUACCGAGGUUUAUACAUUGUCAACUGGGUCUACCGAUACUUCACAGAGCCUCACUUUGUCCACUGGAUAACUUGGAUUUCCGGGCUCGUGCAGACGCUACUUUAUGCGGAUUUCUUCUACUAUUAUUUCCAAAGUUGGAAGAACAACCAAAAGCUCCAAUUGCCAGCUUAAGAACUCGAAAGGGAUGGAAUAUAUAUAAAGGAGAAUUAACUUCAUUUAUGGCAUUCAGUUGUAUUUGUCUGUUCACAUUUAUCACAAAAAAAUCCUGAUCUUUCUUGAACCCCCCAACUCAUGUUGUUCUCUAUGUUUAGACGAUUUUUGAGAGUGCAGGUGCUUUUAUUUCUACUAAAUUCAUAGAGAAUACAUGUUUGUAAGUUUGUUUUGUAAAGAUUCUCAAUCUCCAUCCACGACCACAUCUGAGCAAUCUUUUGAAAUUUUAUGAUGGCUUCGAGGGGUUUAGAUAUCCA